GCAGCAGAGGGCAGUAAACAGAAAACAGUUUUUACCGGUUAGGACAAGUGUGCACACCAUGGCAGCUACCCUCCAGAACAGCCUGAAAGUCGCGCUGAGGAAACACAUGAAGGAGAUCCUCAGCUGCCUAACGCCCGAGGUCAUAGCGAAGCAGUCGCAGGCUGUGACCUCAAGGGUGUUGCAGAACGAGGCAUUUCGUCAGGCGCAGCGCGUUAGCAUCUAUUUGAGCACCAGUGACGAGCUGGACACCACGGCGAUAAUCCGUGAGAUGUUCAGGCUGGAGAAGAUGGUAUUUGUGCCCAGCUAUCAGGGCACGAAGAUGAAAAUGGUGCGUUUGCGGGAUAUGCAAGAAUACGAGGGUUUGCCACUGACCAAAUGGAACAUUAAACAGCCGGAUUUCAAGGAGACCCGCGAGGAUGCCAUGACAAAUGGCCAUGGCAUUGAUCUCUUCAUUUUGCCGGGCGUGGCGUUCACGCGUAGAGGUGAUCGCCUGGGCCACGGCAUGGGCUACUACGAUAAAUAUUUAAAGCAGCACGCGGAGAAGUAUCCACACAAGAAGACGACCAUUAUGGCGCUGGCUCUCAACGAACAGAUCGUUAGUAACGAGGAGCUGCCCGUGGAGGAGCACGAUGUGCGCUUGAAUUGUGUUGUUACAGAGAAAUCUUAAAUUUAAUCACGUUACGUACAAAUUGUAUAAAUCGAAUAUACACAAAAACAUA